CCCUUCUCCGGCCGCCACCCGACUCCUUAUCCCGGCCGUCGCCUCUGCUGGAGCCGACACUGCCCGCGGAGCAGCCAUGAGCUGGGGCACGGAGCUAUGGGAUCAGUUUGAUAACUUGGACAAGCAUACACAGUGGGGCAUUGACUUCUUGGAGAAAUAUGCAAAAUUUGUAAAAGAAAGGAUAGAAAUUGAGCAAAACUAUGCAAAACAACUGAGAAACCUGGUUAAGAAGUACUGUCCUAAACGUUCACCCAAAGAUGAGGAACCCAGGUUUACUUCGUGUAUUGCCUUUUUUAACAUCCUUAAUGAGUUGAAUGACUAUGCAGGACAACGAGAAGUAGUUGCAGAAGAAAUGGGACACAGAGUGUACGGAGAAUUGAUGAGAUAUUCUCAUGAUCUAAAAACUGAGAGAAAAAUGCAUCUUCAGGAAGGGCGAAAGGCUCAACAGUAUCUGGACAUGUGCUGGAAACAGAUGGAUAAUAGCAAAAAGAAAUUUGAGAGAGAAUGCAGAGAGGCAGAGAAGGCACAGCAAAGCUAUGAAAGACUGGACAAUGACACUAAUGCGACAAAGGCUGAUGUUGAGAAGGCUAAGCAACAGUUAAACCUGCGCACACAUAUGGCCGAUGAAAACAAAAAUGAAUAUGCUGCACAACUACAGAAUUUUAAUGGGGAACAGCACAAACACUACUACAUUGUCAUUCCUCAGAUUUAUAAGCAACUUCAAGAAAUGGAUGAAAGAAGGACUAUCAAACUUAGUGAAUGUUACAAAGGCUUUGCUGACUCUGAGCGCAAGGUUAUUCCAAUUAUCUCUAAAUGUUUAGAAGGGAUGAUCCUUGCAGCAAAAUCAGUUGAUGAACAUAGAGACUCUCAACUAGUGAUAGACUGCUUCAAAUCCGGUUUUGAACCUCCUGGAGAUUUUCCAUUUGAAGAUUACAGUCAGAAUAUUUACAGAACUAUCUCUGAUGGAACCAUCAGUACACCAAAGCAGGAAGGAAUGAGGAUUGAUUCAAAAACUACAGUGGGCAAAGCUAAAGGAAAGCUGUGGCUAUUUGGAAAGAAGCCAAAGCCACAAUCCCCACCCCUAACCCCUACUAGUUUAUACACAUCCAGUCCUCCUAAUGGGUCCCAGUAUCCCAUAUUCUCCAUUGAACCAGUGCAUUAUUGCAUGAGUGACAUAAAAACAGGGAAGCCCAGAAUUCCUUCUUUCAGAAGCCUCAAAAGAGGGUGGUCGGUGAAGAUGGGGCCUGCGCUAGAAGACUUCAGCCAUCUCCCUCCAGAACAAAGACGCAAGAAACUGCAACAGAGAAUCGAUGAACUUAACAGAGAACUGCAGAAGGAAACAGACCAAAAAGAUGCCCUCAUCAAGAUGAAGGAUGUUUAUGAAAAAAAUCCCCAGAUGGGUGAUCCAGGUAGUUUGCAACCAAAAUUAACUGAGACUAUGGGCAACAUGGACCGUCUUCGGAUGGAAAUACACAAGAACGAGGCCUGGCUCUCUGAAGUUGAAGGUAAAGUAGCAGCCAGAAGCGACAGGCGGCACAGCAGUGAUAUCAACCACCUUGUAACACAGGGCAGAGAGAGCCCUGAAGGGAGUUACACGGAUGAUGCAAAUCAGGAAGUUCGAGGCCCACCACAGCAACAUGCGCAUCCAAAUGAGUUUGAUGAUGAGUUCGAAGAUGAUGAUCCAUUACCAGCUAUAGGACACUGCAAGGCAAUAUAUCCGUUUGAUGGUCAUAAUGAAGGCACUCUAGCAAUGAAAGAAGGCGAAAUUUUGUACAUUAUUGAGGAGGACAAAGGAGAUGGGUGGACAAGAGCUCGAAGACAUAAUGGAGAGGAAGGCUAUGUGCCAACAUCAUAUAUAGAUGUAACGCUAGAGAAAAACAGCAAAGGUUCCUGAAGCGGGUUUCUGAGAAAAUGGGCGAGAU